GGGCGUGGCUGCCGCGCCCGAGCCCCCUAAGGCUUGUUUCCUUGAGGGGCCGGGUAGCGUCUCCUGGUCAGCCCGCCCUGGGCUGCGUUUCUCUCGCCCCGAGUCCCUGCUGGGCGAAGCAGAUGCCUUCGUGGAGCCGAACGUUACCCAGGCGAUGCCGUUGCCCCGGGUCCUGCUUGCCAGUUGUCCUGGCAUCUUCCAGGCCAGCCUGGGGCCGCGAACCGGCGACAUCCUGCCGGGGCGGGGCUGUGUAAGCAGUAUCGUCAGGGUAGCGCUGGGAGCUCAGCCUAGUCUCUGUCGUCUUACAUGCUUCACUCGUGGCUCCUCCCCCCCAGUCGCCCCUGGGCUUGUCCUCAUGGAGGGAGAGUGUCCAACGAAAUCUUUAACCGUAUUGCCUAGCAAUUUUGAGGGUGCUAACUGGCUACAGCUGCUGACACUUUUACUGCGCUGUUGAAUGGACCUGCUUUGAUCAGGAUCAGACAGCGAUGUGGUGGUAGCACAGUGGAACAGGCUAAGCUAAUGUCUGCUAGUACUCGUGGGUAUUUGGCUAUGCUAAAGUGAUGGGAGGCCUCCCUCAAAUCUUCACUGCUGAUACAGCCCAACAGAGGUGCAUCCUAGAGAAGUAUUUUACACAGUGGAAUUCUGACUUGUCUAAUUUUAUUGUGCUGACAUAGUAACAAGAGAAGAAUGCCAAGUUCCAAAAGUAAUUUGGUGUUGUCAAGUGACAUUUCAAAUGUCAGGGAAAUGGCAAUUUCAAAUGAGAGAGAGACCACUGAAAAGAGUAUAACAAGUCUGAUUGAGAACAAUGGCUAUCAAGACUCUGUAUACAUAAAUGCAGCUAAAAUUUUUCAAGGCAUUCGUAAUGAAAAGCCUGAGGAUAAAAUAUUGGUAAGGUAUGGUAAUGAACUAGAGCCAUCCCUACCAGAUUUUAAAGAUGAAUGUUCCCAGCGCUCGUCCUAUGAACUGGCAUUUAGUGCUCUGAAAUGUUUCAGGGUGUUCCGUUCCUGUCACCUUGCACCAGGCCGCAGUGGAUGUUGCUUCUGCUGGGGGAAUCCAGGGCACUCUCCGAGGUCUACCCUGAUCAAGAUCUUCUUGAAAAUAUAUUGUUAGAUAGCUGCUUUUACCCAUGUCAGUCAAUACCGGAUGAAUUGACCAGUUUAAUUGUUGUGAUGUUGUAUGACCUCCAAGAUCGAAAGUUUCAAGCUCGACAGAUUUCUGAUGAAGAGGAAUCAAUACCAGAAGUCCGAGAGGUAGAACAUUAUCUAUAUAGUUUUAAGACCAAAUUGGCUGCAGCUCUAGCAAGAUGUCGAAUAAAACAUGAUGCACUUUCAAUUGAAUACAUUCUACCAGAAACUAUAAGGAAACAGGAACAAAGGGCUUCUGCUUUACCUUUGUAUGCUUGGAUAAAUACAUGUAAAAGCAGCCCUGAAGACAUUUACAGAGAGUUGAAAAGAGAGGGAUUUACAAAAGUUGAAUCUGUGUCAGAUUUUGAAGGUUAUACUUAUUGUCUGGACAAACACUGCAGUGAUGUACUAGUUUUUCCUGCCUCUCUCAAAGAAGAAAUACUUAAUUUGGAACUUUUCACACAUUACAAACUCAUUUUACAGGAUAAAUCUCGCAGCCUCGCUGUACAUUCUGUAAAGGCCUUAUUGAACAUGGAUGAUGACAUCAUAGUUGCUCAUAUGGGUUCACGAAUGACUGCUGCUCAUAUGUCUGUACUGUCAAAUCAGAGCACAUCCAAAGUUUUUGUAUGUGGUGUAAAAUCACAGGCAAAGGAACUUGAAAUGAAGGAGCUAUUCACACGCAUGGAAUGUGGAAAUAUUGAGCUGUUACAUGAGGAUUUUACUGAGAUUGGACCAGCAGAUCAGAGAAUUCAAAAGGCUAAAGUUAUUCUGCUGCUACCUCGGUGUUCGGGAUUGGGUGUUAGUAAUCCAAUAGAAUUUAUACUAAAUGAACAUGAAGAUGCAGGAUUGCUGAGAGACCUUUCUCAAGGAUCUGUGGCUGAAAAAAAACUCCAUAUUCUCGCUGAGCAGCAACUUCUGGAGUUAAUGCAUGCAAUGCGUUUUAAUAAAAUGCAAGCCAUUGUCUACUGCACUUGUUCAAUUUAUCCAGAAGAAAAUGAAGCAGUAGUGAACAAAGCACUGGAAUCUGGAGUGGAAGGAAGUAAAGUACAGCCUUACAGGCUUAGUCCUCCUCUGUGGUGCAACUCAGAAACAGAGAGCCCUUCUGAUAUUUUUUUCAAAAUGGAGCCAUCAGAGAUUUCCAAUUGCUGUUUUUUAGCUGUUCUAGCAAGACAGAGGGAUCCAGCUGAAAUCAUGUCUGUCAAAGACAUUUUAGCUCGUGCUGCAGCAAAAGGAUUACUGGAAGGUCUUGAUAUAGGAAAAUCAUCAAAGAGAGAGGAGAAGAGGAAGAAAAAAUCUAAAGUAACACCGCAAAGAAAUGUUCCUAAAGAUACUUGGGUACAAUCAAAUAUUGUGGAGUUCCUGAACCGAGAAAUGAUACCUAUUGAUACUAACUCUGAAGUUUCACCAAUUAAAGCAAUUAGUGAUAUUUCACAAAAGAAUAUGAAGCAAACAAACAGUUCCAUUCAACUGAAGAAAAUUACCAAACCCAUCUCAAACUCCUCCUUGCCAGGAAUGCUGAAGAAUACACCCAAUUUGUCAUCUAUGAGUAAGGUGUUUGAGAGACGGACACACAUUAGAAAGCCACGGGCUGAAGAUAAAAUGGUUGUAUUGAAACCUGUGGAAAUAGUUCUGCCUCCAGUAAUGGUGCCAUACUUCAAUCCUCAAGGGAAUAAAUCUCAAAUUUCAACUCAACAUUACUACUAUAGCUGGAUUGAAAAAAAGAGCUCAGCACGUGACUUUAUACCUUCUUUAUCCAAGAGAGUCAUCAAAUCAAAGGAAACCUUACCUUCAACUAUGGUUAAGCACUCUCGACCAUGGAUUUGAAGAUGAAAUGUUUUAACUGGUUCAUAGUUAUUUCUUCAUCGUUUGAAAUUAUAUUUCUAAAAUGGUCAACAUUCCUAUAUUAGUUGAUUCAUAUACUUAGAUGCUAGCAGGGUAUAUCUGUGCAGGACACUACUUAUCUUAAGGGAACAUUUCUAAGGAGUACCUUUUAAUGGCUUUUAUGGAACUAGCAGGGGAAUAUUUUGCAAGAGUCUAUUAUGUGGUUGUUUCACACCAGCUAUUAAAUUCUGACUCAAAAUAAACAAAGUAACAUCUAUAGUAGAUUAUGCAGAUACUUAGGGGAUGAGCUCAAAAGUUGUUUAUCUAAUUGCUAAUCAGUAGAAUGUGACAUUGACACAUGCCUUCUGUUUAUACCCUUCUAUAAAUAUCUGGGCAUACUAAAUUUUAAAAGCAAUGUUUGCAAGUUUUGUUUAGUGGUGUAAAAAUUCACAUAAGAACAAUGAAAUUAAAAGGUUGUCUGAUCUUAUAGUUUUCAGUUAUCAUCUUUGUUGAAAAGUUUCAUUAUCUAUGUGACCGCACAAUCUAAAUUAUAAGCCAGACCAUUUUUUCUAAAAUGCCAGUGGAUUUUUCAAAUGCCUACAUUUUAUGUACUUGUGUUGAACAUUUUGUGCACACAGCUGGGGAGCACAAAUGGCCCUGUUCAGUCAGAUGUGCUUUAAUAAGAAGCAGAGGAUAUUUUGUUUUAAAAAUACUGAAUAGAAAAUUUCAUUGUAGAACUGGCUAGAUAUUGUAAUGUUAAAAUGAAUUCUGAUUUAUAAUCUGACAUGUCACACUACUGACAUGGUUUAUAACGAUCAUAAUUUUCAGCCUAAUGUUGGCGGGUAUACAAACUCAAAUGCUACUUUUCAUGAAAUAGUUUGAGAGUGGCAGAAGUAUACAUGGCAAAAAUGUUUCUUAUUCUGUAUCCCUGCAGGUGACAAAAGUAAGCAAAAUAGGAACACUGAAUACCAAAACAGCAAGCUUUUUGGCUUACAUUUAUGUGCCUUUAACAAUUUCUUUAGAAACAUUCAAAAUGGUUGACAUUGGUAAUUGAGGAGGAAAAUAAUAAACAGCAUUUCUAGUUAUAUGUGAACAUCAGAUUGCAAGUUAAACUAUGUCUCAUUCUAAACACAUUAAAUGUUAAUCAUUUCUAGCUAAUAUACGGUUGCAUUUUGCUAAAUACAUUAAGAUGUCAUUCUAUUAAAGUACAGUACAAGCUCUGUUAUCUGGCAUGUGGGAGGAAAGAGGGUGCUGGUUAACUAAGAGUUAACCAGAAUAAGUGCUUCAGUGGGUGAAGACUUUGGUUCAGGGUAUAGGGCCAGGAGUGAGGGAUUUAGGGCACCGGAGGGGUUUUAUGGUGCUGGGUGAUGCUCAUGUUAGGCAAUUCCCUUCCUGCAAGUGGGUGUCCAACAUAUCCCUGCUUUUCCUAGUUUGGGGCACAGAUAGGCAGCUACAUGUGCUGCCUUCGUCCCCCCUAGCUCCCAUUAGCUGUGGCUCCCAAACAGUGGAAAUGGAAUCAGUGCUUUUAUUUUAAAAGCAUAGUUCACAAUGAGGGUGAGAGCAGAGACACCACAAUUUAGAGAAAGGGAAUAGAAAAUAUAAAGGGAAAAUUAUAUUAAUUUAUUCUAAACAGUUACUAAGAAUAGCUUAGAGUAGGUAGCAGGGGUGAGAGAUUCUGCAGUUGGGAAAGAGAAGGCAAAAAGGUUUUUUUAAUCUUUUCAUUUUAAAUAAUACUAAGUGGAUAUUGUAACAAACUAAGUAUAAACUGUCUCAAAGAUAAAAAAUAGUGUGCUCAUUAAAAGAUGCUAGUUGACUGAUCUGGCAGUGGAAGUCCAAGCUCUAUUCACAUACGGUGUACAGCACAUUACUAUAAGUUUCCAUCUGCUGUCCCACCAAUGGGUCUCAGAUCAAGAUUAGCGCUCCAUGGCUGGUUCAGUUUCUCGGACCAGACUGUGCAAGAGCCAGGAGUAAUAAAUAUGAUGCUAGAGAACAACUUGCUUCACAAGCCACUCUACCAUCAGCUGUUAGCAAAUUUUAGGUAUUCCCACACUGGCCCUGAAUUGCACCAGCAACAUAUAAAUGAAACCAAACCUUUAAAAGGGACAAUUUCUGACUUCCUCUUCUCUGCAUUAAAAAUAUGCUUUCUAGGACCUAAAAACAAUUUAUAUUUUAAGCUAUGCAUUAGAGUGUAACAUAUGUUCCUUAAUAUGUACCAUAUUUACCACUAAAUAAUUCAGAAAAUACAUUAAUGUCUCUCUUCUGAAAUGUUCAGUGUAUUGGUAUUAACUCUAAACAGUAAAUACAUUGAGACUUUCUCCUUCCCCCACCAAGUUUCUGUCCCAGGAAUGAAUGGAUUUCCAAACUUUACAGACUAGUGACAAGAGUCAAGCAUUUUAUGCAUCUAAAUUUAUUCUCACAACAGAUUACAUUUAAAUGUGUAAAAGUGGUCAACAGCAAAAAAAAAAAAGUUCUUUUCAGUGUCAAUCAACUGCUUUAUAUAACACUGACCUCUGACUGAUAAACAAUGUGCAUUUUCCCUUUCUAGUUUGCAAAUAUUUAAAUAAAUCAAACUUUUGCUUGGUGACUGUACAGCAUAGGUUUUUAGCAAUAUAUUAAGAUAACUAAGCCUGCACAGAUAGAAGUAACAGUGUAAAUGUUAAAGCUGUAAAGGCUGAGCUAAUAUCAGCUAUCAAAGUAAAAAUAGCUGUUUUUGCACGUGAUUUACUAAGCUUUAUGUCCCUGCUUCAUUGCCUUAGAAGAGUUGAUAAAAUUAAAAGAAAAGGGAUAUAGAAAUCUUAGUAAAUGACACAGAAGAAUCUUAAUGGAUUAAUUAUUCCAUAGCUUUACAUUCUGCAACUCUAAGAAAGGACUUCUUUUUUCGAAAGAGGUACAUAUAGCUCUUUACACAAUGUUUAUCACUAAGAACUUAUACCGCAAGUGGGAUCAAUGUCCUUUCAUGCAAUCUGUAGGUGAUUCUUAUAUCUUUACAAAACCUUCUCCUCUCCCCUUUAAAUGAAAUCAUAAGUGGUUUAAAUAAAAUCUAAAAACUGUAGCAUUCAAAGGAAAGGCUUUAGGCUGUAGACAUUAGCUGUGGCUAUAAAUCUCCUUGCUUUUGCAAAGGAGCAUAUUAAUUAAAGAUGAUCUGUGAUAUCUGCCUCUACUUUGUUGCAUUUAUAAAAUAAUAGGAAUUAGCUUUACACAUUGUUUUGCCAUUUCUUCUACAUACGCGAAUAAAAAUGUGACUACAAAUAAUUACAAAACCCACCUUUUUAGGUAACCUAUAGUACAUGGAGAUUACUUAGCACUGGAUAUGUUGUGAGAUCAUGUCCAGUAAAGAUAGUACAUUAACAUCAUAAUGCAGGCUAUUUCAGUAAAAAUAGAAUAAAUAAAAUAAAAAUAUUUUAAGCUGUAUUUAACAGGUUAAUUCAAAAAUGACAUGAGACAUACAAGGCAUAGUGUAUGUCUACUUACAGAAUCACUAGAUAUAAAGAAUGCAUAGGUAACUGAAGUAUCAUUACAAGGUUAAGUAAAAUGGCAUUUGCUCUCAUGCAUGCACCAGCCAUAAUUGUUGGCCAUGGCAGAAAGUAAGUCAACAUAGUCUUUUAAUAUAAUUAGUUUUACAAAAUUAGGCCUUGAUCCUGCAAACAAUUAGGUAUGUGCAUAACCUGUAAGAGCAUGAGUCAUCCUGUUGAAGCCAGUGAGACUAGUGUGCUUAUAAAGCAGGUGCCUAGGUUUUGCAGAAUCAAGGUCUUAAUCAGUAUUUUGGUAAAACUGGCAGACUAAAGGCAUGAUCUGUGACUUUCCAAUACAUUGCUAUCUUUUGCCUUUUCAAUACCUACUGCAUCCCUGACUCUCUAUGUGCUUUGCUGCUGAAAGCAAGCUAAGUGUUCAUGGUCCUGACAACAGAUAACAAUCAAACCAAGGAGUGAAUAAAAAACAAUAGCUAUUUAAUUACAAACAGAGGUCCUGUAAUUUGCCACCACAGAGCAGCAGCAUCACACAGAUGCAAUGGAUCUCCAAUGGAAUGUAUUUAUACAUUUUAAAACUAGUUGCAAAUCUGAAUCCCGGGAAAGUUUCAAACUGGAUUUUUAAGACAACACGGUCAAGGUAUUUUCUGUAAUUAAAAGAAAACCUCAGAUAACUGGCUAACUCUGGAGAGUGUUAAUGAAUACAGCAUCUUACCUCUCUAGAUCAGUAAUUUUAAUAUUGAUCCAGGGUGGUGAGGGCUAGGCGAUGUUACCAUAUGAUGGCUACUGAUAAUCACUGUGGGGAAAUAGUGCUGGUCCCAGGAGGGAUCACUGAAAUUACUGCUGCAGGUACCCACAGAGACAAGGGAGUGAAUGUGAGUGCAAGCUUCUUGUAGCCUAAGUGCUCCAACCAGGCUUGAGAUACAUGAAUACAGGCAGUCCCCGGGUUACGUACAAGAUAGGGACUGUAGGUUUGUUCUUAAGUUGAAUUUGUAUGUAAGUCGGAACUGGUACAUAUUGUAGGGGAAACUCUAGCCAAACAUUUUUUUUAGUU